UCGCCCUGGUGGCUCCCAUUCGAAGGCGACGGCGGUCGUCUAUAUUUCGGUUCUAAUCUCUCCAGAAAAAAAAAGCGAAAUAUCUCCGAGAGGACAGUGAAUUUGACAGACUUUAACUUUUAGUUUUUCCCCCCCCAGAUUCUUCUCGGUCGAGCUUGUGGCAGGGCUCUGGAAUGACGGGGUGUGCCGAGAAUUUGAAUUAGCUCGCCGUUAGUUUGAAGAAAGAGUGAGUCUGGGUAGAGAGAGAGAGAGCGAGAGAGAGAGAGAGGGGAGCCAUUUUGUCCCGACUGUGUGGGAGAAAAGAAAGAGUGGAAAAGAGGAAUCACACUGGAGGAGAUCCUAUUUUUGCUUUCUGUUCUCAUGCUGUAGGGGGGAAAACAGCCAAGCUUUGGAAAUAUACCUUCUCGGACACGUCUGUCGGGCACGUUAUUUUGGGUGGUAUUUAGCCGACUAGCUUGCCAAGCUAAUCAACAAAUCCCAGAUUGUUAACUGUUAACAGUCAAGAGAAGCGGGGCAGUUGGUCAGGUUGGCUAAGGAGUUGGCUUUCACAUAGGCGUGCUAGGUUAUAAUCUUUUUUUUGUAUAUUGUCUGGGUUAACACAAGCUGCUUUUCAAUGGCGAAGAAGACGUACGAUUUGCUGUUCAAGCUGCUUCUGAUCGGGGACUCGGGCGUGGGGAAGACCUGUGUGCUGUUCCGCUUCUCUGACGACGCCUUCAACACAACCUUCAUCUCCACCAUAGGAAUAGACUUCAAGAUCAAAACUGUUGAAUUGCAAGGAAAGAAGAUCAAACUACAGAUCUGGGACACAGCGGGCCAGGAGCGGUUCCACACCAUCACCACCUCCUACUACAGAGGCGCCAUGGGCAUCAUGCUGGUCUACGACAUCACCAAUGCCAAGAGCUUCGAAAACAUCAGCAAAUGGCUGCGCAACAUUGACGAGCAUGCAAAUGAGGACGUUGAGAGGAUGCUGCUAGGCAACAAGUGUGACAUGGAGGACAAGAGGGUCGUACCAAAGGCCAAGGGGGAGCAGAUCGCGAGGGAGCACGGCAUUAGGUUUUUUGAGACGAGUGCUAAGGCCAACAUCAACAUCGAGAAGGCUUUCCUCACGUUAGCAGAAGACAUCCUGAGAAAGACGCCUGUAAAAGAGCCCAACAGUGAAAACGUCGACAUCAGCAGUGGAAGUGGAGUCACAGGCUGGAAGAGCAAGUGCUGCAGUUGAACAACUCCUCUGUUUCACUCACACUAACGCACACAAACACACACACAUACACACUCUCUCUCUCUCUCUCUCUCUCUCUCGCUCUCUAACCUGUCUCAUGAGUUUUCUUGCACACUGACACUCUGUCUCUUUAUCAGAAUAAAACAAUAAACCACUUCACUCGUCUAACCCCACCCCCACCAUAUUCUUCCACGUCAUUAUUUUUAUUUCUGAUAAAAAGAGAAAUCCAGUCACGUUUCUUGUCAUUUGUUUUAAAAGUUGUAAAAAAAAAAAAGGAAAAAAAAGUGAAAAGACAAGCUCAUAUUUUUAAUACUCACCCUUAACCCCCCCAACAGCACUCACCUUCAGUCAAAGGAAAUCAAAAGAAAAGAAAAUCAAACAAAAAAGACAAAUGUAGGAUUAACAUUUUGUACACUUAGUGGGGUUUCUGUUGUCUAACCGUAUUUGGUCAUAUACAAUUUGUUACCAAGUGACAGAGGCGUGGCUAGCUCCUUUUGUAUGUGGGGGUUUAUUUUGUCCUGUGCCUUAUAUGGAAGACAGGGGCGGGGCUGUGUGGUGGGCGGAGCCACAUCCACCCAAUGAAAUUACAGUUUAAUAAUCUGUGGGUUCAGGCUCCCAACAGGAGGAAGCCGAACCGAAGCGGACGCGUUUGAAUUUCUCCUCCAGCCAAGAGAACGGCAUUAUACAGUAUGUCCUGUUUAUUAAUGUUUUAUUUUUAUCUGUAUGAUUUAUUUGACUUUUAUUUGUUUGAUUUCAUUUUCCCUUUUUGGGUUGAAUUCAUUUUUUUAAUUUUAUUUUUUUUCCUGCAUGCAGAUUUCUUUGGGUUGGAAGCGUUUCUGUAACGUUGUGUAACGUUUGCCACUGGGUAACUGUGGGCGGGAGGUACAGAAGUUCUCUUUGGAAAUUCAAACAGUUUUGCAGAUCCAUUAAAAAUAAGCUUGUUUAAGUUAA